AUGCCAGACAUCAGUUUAAAAUUAAAGGCACCAAAUAAUGAGAAGUCAGUUACCGUGAAAGACGAUGGAACAGUUAAAGAUCUACGCGCGGAAGCUGGUAAGGCUUUUGAAGUUUCCCCAACUCGAGUGUGUUUAAUCUACGCUGGCAAAAUUUUGAAAGAUGAAAAUUCCCUUUCUGAACACAAAAUUCACGACGGUCUGACAAUUCACGUUGUCAUUAGACAAGAGCAAAAUCCAGGUGCACAAGGAGGCUCUUCUACAACGACUGCAUCUGCUAAUCUAGCAAGUCCUUCCACGACACAAACUCGUCCGUCUGGAGCCUUUGAUCCUCUUGGCACGCAGGCUGCAAGCAUCUUCGGUUCUGGUGGUGUUAAUUCUUCUAGCUUCGCCUCCAUGCAACAGCAAAUGCAACAACAGGUUAUGCGUAAUCCAGAGUUGCUAAGAAAUGUCAUGGAAAGUCCGCUAGUUCAAUCUUUGAUGAGUAACCCCGAGGUUAUGCGUUCCAUCAUGCAGUCAAAUCCACAAAUGCGGGAAAUAAUGGAGCGGAAUCCGGAGCUGGGCCAAAUGUUGACGAAUCCAGAAAUUCUUCGCCAAUCCAUGGAAAUUGCUUCGAAUCCUGCCCUUGUUCAAGAAAUGAUGAGAUCAUACGAUCGGGCUGUUCUUAACCUUGAAUCUAUUCCGGGUGGUAGUGGCCACCUUCAACGAAUUUAUCAGGAUGUUCAAGAGCCUAUGCUUAAUGCUUUGCAUGGCGGAGAUAACAAUCCAUUCGCUGACCUUGCUGGAAGUACAAAUAGAACUGCAGCGCCAUCCAAUGAACCAAUGCCAAAUCCUUGGGCAUCCCAACAACCACUGUCUGAAACCAGCACUUCGGUGUCUGGUACUACCGGAACAACUGGUACUACCACUGGUAAUGGGUCAUCAGCUACCACCAAUCCAACAGGAGUAUCACUUCUUGGCGGAAUUCCUUUCAGUCCUGAUGCCAUAUCAUCUGCUUUUCAAGCACCCUAUGUUCGAUCAAUGCUUGAUUCUAUGGCUAGCAGCCCCGAGGCGUUUGAAGCCUUCCUUUCAGCAAAUCCCCUUUGGAACGGAAGCAAUAUGGAACCUGCCUCUCGUGAGCAGGUGCGCCGAAUGCUUCCACAAUUCGCUCGCCAAAUGUCUCGUCCUGGUUUCGUCAACAUGCUUUCGAACCCAAGAGCUAUGAGUGCAAUGGCUCAAAUUCAGGAGGGUUUGAGGGUCUUGCAACAAGAAGCCCCAGAUGUGUUUGCUUCAAUGACGAAUUUGAGCAAUGCAACUGGUAUUAGCGGUCUAUUUAGUGGCGCAACUGAAAGUGCUGGUUCUGGUGAGGUAGCUCAAUCUGAGAGUGGCACUACUACUGCUGCUGCUACAUCUGGAAAUGCUGGAAGUGCUGAAUUAGCUACAUUAAUGGCUAGUUUGCUUAAUGUUGCUCCAUCUAGCCAGGAUUCAGCUGCUUCUCAACUGCCUCCUGAAGAAAGGUAUAACGCUCAAUUACAAACUCUUGCCAACAUGGGUUUUGAUAAUAGGACGGCCAACCUACAAGCCCUCAUUUUGACUCAUGGAGAUGUGAAUGCGGCAGUAGAAAGGCUCCUGGAUCAAGGACAUUAG